ACUAAAAUCUUCCUAUAAAGGUUAUGUAUUGUCCAUUCUCAAGUUAGCAAGCAACGCACCUCCAGUUCUGAACAAACUAUACAGAGUUUCUGAUCCCAAUAAACACCUCCAAAAGUUCGAAAACUCUGUAUUUUUUCCGCCUCCGAAAGUCAAAAAAUGCUCUCUGUAAAUCUCCACUCUCCUUUACCUUCCCUGAGAACCCCAAAUUCCCACAAACCCAUCUUCUUCCCUGCUCUCCCAACACUCACUCUCCGUUCCAAAACCUCCAUUUUUCCGAGCUUUAAUCUCUCGAACGCCAAAACUCACUUCCAUAUCCUUCGUUGCAACGCCCUUAAGGACUCCGGUGACCGAACCAAGGCGGUCGCGAAGAACGGAGGGAUUGAAGACGACGGAGGUGGCGGCGGCGGCGGUGGAGAAGGCGGGGACGAUGGGGAGGUGGAGAAGAAAGGUGGAAUCUUGUCGGAGUGGGUGAAUUUCACCUCCGACGAUGCGAAGACGGUGUUCGUGGCGAUUGCGGUUUCGAUUGCGUUCAGGACGUUCGUGGCGGAGCCGAGGUACAUUCCUUCUCUAUCGAUGUAUCCUACAUUUGAUGUCGGAGAUCAUAUUAUUGCAGAAAAGGUCUCAUACUAUCUCAGAAAGCCGUGUGCAAAUGAUAUAGUGAUAUUCAAAAGUCCACCUGCCCUUCAACAAGUAGGCUAUACUGACGAUGAUGUUUUCAUCAAAAGAAUUGUUGCCAAGGAAGGUGACAUCGUGGAGGUUCGUAAAGGGAAGCUUGUAGUUAAUGGGGUAGAGAGAGAUGAAAAGUUCACACUUGAACCGCCUGCUUAUGAUAUGAAACCAUUACGUGUUCCAGAAAACUGUGUCUUUGUGAUGGGCGACAACCGCAAUAACAGCUACGAUUCCCACGUUUGGGGUCCAUUACCAGCCAAGAAUAUCCUAGGGAGAUCUGUGCUUCGGUAUUGGCCUCCAAACAGAAUUGGUGGCACAGUUCUUGAGACUGGAUGUGCCGUGGACAAGCAAGAGCCGGCUCCAACAACUCAAUGAUUAUAUUAUCCUCUUUGUUACUUCUUGUCUAUUUGUACAACAAUAACCUUGUGACAAAGGUUGACUGGAAAAAAUCAUUUCUUUUAGAACUA